CGGCCAUCCCAGAAAAGCCAGCCCAAACCACGAUGGCCGACGUGGACCCGGCGGUCCUCAAGCGGCGCCAGUACCUCCGCAUCAAGCAGAUGCAUUACCGAAGCAAGAUUGCAGGCGAGAUCACGGCGCUUAAGGCCGAGGUCGACGCGCUCCAGGAACAGCUCGCGCGACAGCUGCUGUCGCCCACGUCGCGGGUGCUGCCAUGGGCCGAGGUGGCGACUGCGCUCGACGUCGACAACAAGGAGAAGCUCAAGAAGCGCAAGAGGCUGCAGCUCCAGCACGCCUCGUACUCGCGCCUCGCUAGCAACAUGCGCGCCUGGGUCACCCGCGUCUUGCCGCGGACGCCGGUGGACCCGCCAUGGCGGCGCACGUACCUGCCGUUGGACGGUAACACGCGCAAGCUCGGCAUCGACUGGCUCACGCAGCUGCUACUGCACAACACGGACAACAUGCUGGCCAAGUACGAGUUUGACGCACUCGAUCCACACGCGUACUCGAUUGACUUUACCAUGAGCCUCUCGCCCAACGACCUCUUCGAGUACGUCUGGCGCACGCAAAAGGAGCUGCCAUUGCCCAUGGAAGUGGUCUGCGCGGCGCUGCGACGAUGGAUGCAGCAGUACACGACCGGGUCGGUCUGGACCGACGUCCAGUCGUCCGAAUUGCUGCAGGACGACGCGCUCGAGACCGUACAGGGCGCCACGUAUGCCCACACGGUGCGCGAGAAUCCGACCGAGACGGUCAAUUUCCUCACGCGCGAGUUUCAUCCGCAUGCGGACCGCGUCGUGUUUGUCGGUCAAAACAUCCACCACGACGAACGCGUCUCGUCCAGCGUCCACCGCCGCAACCGCAUGUUUUGGUACGUCGUCGACCGCGUUGGCCCCAACACGACCCGGUUUCGCAACCUCGACGUCCUGUCCCACUUCUUCACCGACCACGGACCCGUGUCACUCGACGUCGAAGCCAACCUCAUGGGCUUUGCAGCAGCAGCGUCCUUGUCCGAGAUGGACAUGCUCGCAGCUUACACGCGCCAUGCGACGACCGUGUACCGCUGCGUCGGCCAACGCUCGGACGAGACGCUCUUUGCGCUCCUGGAUGGUAGCGACGAUAGCACUGCAGCGUGGCAUUGAGCGCUCGAGCGGCGUAUAUUUAAAAAAGAGUGCUUGCAAAUCGAUCUGCCAAAGGCUAUCGAAAUGAUUAGGACUCGAGAC